AUGAGUUUCCUGAGGGCACUCCAUCAGUCCGGAAGGGCGCUGCGAAUCGGACACCAGUUGCCGAAGCGUUACUUUUCCGUCGUUGGAAGUCCAAGCGUUAGCGCGUAUCUCAUACAGCAGGCUAACAAAGCGAAAAAUAUCAACCGUACUUUGCAUGGACUUCACGAGCGAAAGCAAGCCACCUUCAACGAGCGCAGCCAGCUCAAGUAUGCUCGACGGCUUGUGGUGAAGCUAGGCAGUGCCGUCAUUACCCGCGAGGAUGAACAUGGUCUCGCUCUCGGUCGGCUUGCUUCCAUCGUCGAGCAGGUGGCCGAAUAUCAUGUCGAAGGUCGCGAAUGUAUUAUGGUAACGAGCGGUGCUGUCGCGUUCGGCAAGCAAAAACUAACGCAGGAGUUGCUGAUGUCGCUAUCGAUGCGAGAAACACUCUCCCCGACGGAUCAUACGCGCCAGGACGCCGGUACGAUGGUGGAACCGAGGGCAGCCGCUGCCGUGGGUCAAUCUGGUCUAAUGUCGCUGUACGACGCUAUGUUCGCCCAGUACGGUAUCAAGAUCGCACAGGUGCUGGUAACCGAGCCGGAUUUCUACAACGAAGAAACACGCAAGAAUCUGUUCAGCACUCUCUCGGAACUGAUCAGCCUGAACAUUGUGCCGAUCAUCAACACGAACGAUGCCGUCGUACCGCCGAUGUUUAUCGUCGAUCAGGAAGUGUCCGCUACGGGCAAGAAGCGUGGCAUACGCAUCAAGGACAACGACAGUUUGGCGGCACUGUUGGCCGCUGAAAUUCAUGCCGAUCUACUGAUCCUGAUGUCGGACGUGGAUGGCAUUUACAACAAGCCACCGUGGGAGGAUGGUGCACGGCUGAUGCACACGUACACCGCCGGUGAUAAGAAUCUGAUCAAGUUUGGGGAAAAGUCCAAGGUCGGUACCGGAGGCAUGAACUCGAAAGUAAUGGCAGCCACUUGGGCCCUGGAUCGUGGAGUGAGUGUGGUGAUCUGCAAUGGCCAUCAGGAUAAGGCCAUCAAAAGUAUACUUACCGGGCGUAAGGUGGGCACGUUCUUUACUGAAUCCACCACCGAGAAGACGACCCCCGUGGAACAAGUCGCUGAAAAUGCUCGUAGCGGAAGCCGUGUUCUUCAGAAUCUCACUGCGGACGAACGUGCCCAGGCGGUAAACACACUGGCGGAUCUGCUCGUAUCACGCCAAUCACAAAUCCUUGAAGCAAACGCGAAAGAUCUAGACGAGGCAAAGAAGUCCGGCCUUGCGAAGCCACUUCUUUCGCGACUUUCGCUGACUCCCUCCAAGUUGGAAAGUUUAGCCAAAGGACUGAAACAGAUUGCCGACGACAGCCACAGGAACGUGGGACGUGUGGUCAAACGCACCAAACUAGCAGAUGGACUCGAGCUGAAGCAAGUCACUGUCCCGAUCGGUGUGCUGUUGGUCAUAUUUGAAUCCCGUCCAGAUUCGCUGCCGCAGGUGGCCGCCCUAGCAAUGGCUUCCGGCAACGGAUUGCUGCUGAAAGGUGGCAAGGAAGCAGCACACAGCAAUCGGGCACUGAUGGAACUGGUCAAAGAAUCUCUGGCACCUACGGGAGCCUCCAACGCGAUCUCUUUGGUAUCGACCCGAGAAGAGAUUAGUGAUCUUCUCUCGAUGGACGAACAUAUUGAUCUAAUCAUUCCACGAGGAUCGAGUGAGCUAGUACGCAGCAUACAGGAAAAGGCUCAGCACAUUCCGGUGAUGGGUCAUGCUGAGGGCAUCUGCCAUGUGUACGUCGAUCGGGAAGCGGAUCUGGACAAGGCUUUGAAGAUCAUUCGCGAUUCCAAGUGUGACUAUCCGGCGGCCUGUAACGCUAUGGAAACGCUUCUCAUCCACGAGGACCUGCUGCAAAAUACUUCCUUCUUUACCGAUGUGUGCAAUAUGCUCAAGCGCGAAGGUGUUAAGAUUAAUUCUGGUCCCAAGCUAAACCAAAUAUUGACCUUCGGCCCACCUCAGGCAAAAUCGCUCAAGUUUGAGUAUGGUGCGCUAGAGUGCAGCAUUGAAGUAGUGAAAAACUUGGAAGAAGCUAUCGAUCAUGUCCAUACGUACGGCAGUGGACAUACGGAUGUUAUUGUCACGGAAAAUCCCUCCUCGGCCAACUACUUCCAGAGCAACGUUGACAGUGCUUGCGUAUUCCACAAUGCUAGCAGUCGGUUCGCGGACGGAUUCCGCUUCGGUCUCGGUGCGGAGGUUGGCAUAUCCACCGCCAGAAUACAUGCCCGUGGACCGGUCGGUGUCGAAGGACUGCUCACCACGAAAUGGAUCCUCAGCGGUGUUGACCAUACGGCGGCGGAAUUUACCGAAGGUUCACGUGCCUGGCUCCAUCAAUCGCUACCCACCGAAUAA